GUGGAUAAUCGGCUAUGUUCAACAAUCCUUGAAUGGGCGGGCGACUGGAAAUGCAAAAGCAGCAGCUGUGGAACACUGUACCUACCUACUUUCGAGAUCUGACUGAGUAGCUCCUACAACAGCAAGUUCAUGUUGCAUGAUUUAUGUUUUGGCGCGCAAGCAGUGCAGCAGCAGUGUGAAGUGAACCAAUCGAAACAUCAUCACAGUUGGCGAUGGGUUUGUUUUGACGUUAGCGUGAGUUUCUGUUCUUCACUUUUCCUGUGAACAGGUGCUUUAUUUUGGACGUUACAUGAUAGAAAGUUAUUUUCAAAAUUGUUGUGGAUAAAAUUUGCGUUCCUAGUACACCGUAAGCAGAAAAAAGCCAUGAAGAUCCCGCCACUGAAUGUAGGGAACAUCAUCACCCCCGAGCCUCAUUACAUUCCCGGCUAUACCGGAUAUUGUCCUCAAUACAUGUAUAGAAUUGGGAAUACGUACUCAUCAUUAUCACAUAAACUGUUGAUUGACCCAACGGUUGCGCACGCUGAGAAACUUAUUUUAGCUGAUCGCUCCACCGAUGAGUAUCAGAUAAAUCGACCGACCAUCAAAGAGAUAGACCCCACCGGUGUGAUUGUGCCCCGCCACGAAGAUGCCGACUCCCGAGAUACCAUCUACCACAAACCGUUGAUGCCCGGAUAUGAGGGAUACAUACCACGGACUCAGGGAAAAUACGGACGGCGUUAUGCUGUGGUUACGAGCGAAGGAUUGAAUGAAUUCGAACGGGAGUGUCACCGGAAUCGAACACAGAUGAAGAAAUUGAGACACCGAACGGCGCAACCCAUUUCCACAAUCUCCGAAUACAGUUUGGGCGAUAGAAUGAAGUUUCACAAAAGCGACUACCAUUUUCCAUUGGAGGCCACACGACCAGAAGCAGUGGGUGUAUGUAAAGAAGUUCCGUUUGAAAACCUGCCACAAUUACCUGCGCUACCUUACUCUCGCCACACGCCACCACAUUUCAUGGAUAAUGCUAACGAUGAGAAGCAUUUCAAAUUAGGUUACACCGGUCAUAAACCGUUCCUGUGGCCAAGGUUUGGCGAAGCGAACGUGUCACUAACGAAAAAGACGUUGUGUGAUUUUACCAACAGUUAUCAACAUCGGCGGCACACCGAAUGGGUUCCGAUUUCACCGGCUGGAAGUGGAACUUGCCAACCCAGCGCCACUAUUAAUGAGAUAUACAUGAAAAAUAUUGGGCUGGUUCCGAGCUACAAGGGCCAUGUGCCUGGAGCAAUGUUUAGGUUUGGUUCAACAUUCGGCAAUGACAGCAGGAAUGCAAAACGGUGCCUGAAGAAAUGCUACGAAGAAUAAAUCUGCUCGAUUCUGAAGAAAUUAACUUUGAUAAUAACUAUCUAAUAAAAUUAUUUCAGCUAUGACUAUUUCGGAUGAAAGAAAAUUCAACUUGGUACAAUAAAUAUUCCUUGAGUGAUCCUGAAUGCAUAGAACCUUAUAAACCUUAUAGAUUCCCAUACGCUUGAGCGUAAAAUAGCCAAUAUCUAAAUAAUAAAUAAAUUUUCAAUACCUACAGCAAUACGCCAUA